UACAUGGCUAAAGUGGUGGGGAACUUACUACCUCUUCGUGUCAAACAGGCCGUGCUCGUGCUCGUGUGUUCACCCGCAUAUCAUUUAGAUUUUUCAUCAUUUUCAAUGAAAAUACGCGUUAUUAACGGGCUUGAUGUGCCGGGUAAUAUUGUGCUAAACAAAUAAAUUAACAAUUGUACAAGUGCCAAUCACUAAAAACAGAAACGAACGGAUAAUAGAAGAGGAAGAAGAGGAGGAGGAGGAGGAUCGACGCAUUGACACUCUCGGAGAGCGAAACGAUAUAGACGAUCCAAACGUUGAGUGCCUGUUUAUUUGUAAAUACACACGUGCUGCAACUGCACAAGUGUAUCGAGUGCAAUUCUCACUUCUGGAGCUGUAGUCGUACACAAGGAAAAAGAAAGCUUUAUAUAUCCAGAGAGAAUUGUAUAGGAUGUCGGCUGUUGAGAGUGCCUUGGAAGUCCUCUCCAGGGCUGCAACAAUGGUGCAAGAGGAAAGACCGAAGACAACAAGCUUACACCGGAAGCCAAGUAGUGCCUGGAGGAAGGAACGUAGACGAGACCCAAUUCAAUGUGAGGCCCUUGACAUGUCUGCUGCCAGGGUGCAUCACAGUAGACCCAGUGUCAUCGUACCCACGGCCCCUCAACCAGGCACAACCAUGGAAGACACGGCUGUUACGCCCACGGCAAGCGUAACACCAUCUGCUGCUACCAGAGGCCAGAGAACUGGAAUCAGAAAUACUGGAAUUGUAAGUGAUCCAGCGAUAGACGAGCACUUUAAACGAUCAUUGGGUCUGAAAGAAUAUGCCGCUGUUUUUAAUGCAACCUCUAAUGAUAAGGAAGCCGGUCUCAGUGUUGACGAUCAUUUUGCCAAAGCCCUCGGCGAAACCUGGACAAGGUUGCAAAAAACAGGUCGAAAUAAGGAUUCGUCUUAACCUCGAAUCAAUAUCAUCAUCACCAUUAUUAUCAUCAUCAUCUUGGAUUCAUCUCGUUUGUUUAUUUGAGAUCAACGGAUAUGGCUGUUGGACUACAAUAUAAUAUUAAUUAAUAUAAGUUAUUAUAUUCAGGGAAAGAAAAUGUAUUUGAAUGAUUAAGAGGGAUAAUUCUUGAUAAAGAAAAAGAUUUAUCUUAUAAAUAUUGUAUAAAGAUAAUUUUUUGAUUCCGAAGCAAGACGCGCUUCCGGCAAACAAAACAAAUUCUAAACUUACAAAUAGAAGUGAUUUAUAGUUUGCAAUAGUAAAGGAUUAUUAUACCUUAAUUAUCUGAUGAAUUAUCUACUUCCAUGGUAGAAUAGUGAUGCUGUGAGGCACACUAAGGCUGUUUUGAUUCAGGCGAGAGCCAAGAAUCUCGAAAAAUGAAUUUUGUAAAUAGACGCUUUUCGUCAAUACCGUAGUCCAGAAAUGUAGGCAGUUAUUUAUUACUCUUUUUUUUCUAAGUAAAAAUUUGCAAAUUUACAAAUAUGUUUGUAAAUUUGCAAUUUUAUAUUAUUAUUUAGAUUAUAAAGAUAUUAUAUAUAUACAUGUUGUAAUUAUUUACGCGAAGAGUCUAUGUUAUUAUUGUUAGGAUAUGUUGUAAUUUACUUGAUUGUGUGAAUAAGUCUAUACGUAUUAAAAUACGGAUUAUUAUAUAUAUAAAUAUAUAUUAUAUACAAAUGAUUCCUACCAAUUUUGUGACAUAUUCACAAAAAAGAAAAAAUCAAGACUGGAGUAACAACUAAAUAUUGAAAUGAAAAUCAUUAAAGAAUCGACUCU